AUGGCAGACGCAGACAACAAGAUGGCCUAUGCCACGACCUCCGCCAGAUGGCGCGCAAUCGUCAACCGGGACGCCGCUGCCACCUGCUUCGUGUACGGCGUCCGCACCACCAAGAUCUAUUGCCGUCCCCGCUGCCCUGCCCGGCUCGCCCGCCGUGCAAACGUCGAGUUCUACGACACGCCUCCCCAGGCCGAGAAGGCCGGGUACCGCCCCUGCAAGCGAUGUAAGCCCGAGGACCUGCGCGCGCCCACCGAUCCGCAUAUCAGGCUGGCACAGCGGGCGUGCGAGACCAUGACGCUCGCUGCUCUGGCCGGCGGGGACAAGCAGCGGCCGACGCUGUCUGAUCUCUCCGGAGAGGCCGGCCUGACGCCCAGUCACUUCCACCGCGUGUUCAAGAAGGUCGUCGGCGUCACACCAGGCAAGUUUGCAAGGGAGCUGAUGGAGCGGAAGUCGUUGGGCAAGGUCAUGGUCCCCAGUGGUAUCAAUGCGAAGAUUAGCUGGCCGCCACCGCAUCUCGCGGCCCUGGUCGGCAUGAAUAUACCUGUAUCGGACAGUAUAUCACCAAAGCCGCAGGUCCAGACCUCUCUUGGCGACUGUGACAUAGAUCAGAUAAUAGGGCAAGGAUAUAGUGAUCCGCAGACAGCGGGUCCGAUCAACUGGAACGAGUUCGAUCUCAUGUUAGCCGCAGCUUCAGAUCCAAGGCAGCAGCAGCAUCAGCAUCAUCAGCAGCAGCAGCAGAUAAAUUAUGCUGACCCCCCAACUACCACUCCUACCUCUGUCACUACCGCCACUGCCGUCACCUCCACGGCCGCCACAUCCUCCGCCGCCGGACUAUGUAUGCCACAGACAACACAGUCACACUCAUUCGACCCCAACCCACUCACCAUGCUCCCUCUUGACCACAGCUCGUCGUCGACCAUCAACUUUGCCCAGUACAUGGCCGAGCCGAUCGACUUCUCCUUCAUGAACCCCCUUACCACCACCAAUACCACCACCGGCCACAGCCCGUCAGACACCUUCAGCCGUCCGACCCCGAGUCCGACCUCUGUCCCGUCGUUAUAUUCACAUCCGUCACUCUCGCCGACUGACUCACCCGUGCUCUUCGACUCGUAUGCCGGUCUGGCCGGUUCCGGGUCGCCGUUGCUGCUGGACGAUACAGACUGGCUGGAUAGCCAGGUGCUGCUCCAGCAGGACUACAGCAUCGACCACUGCGUUAGAUCGUAA